GGCUUGCAGAAGACCCACAGAGAUCAUAUAUUUGGGUCAACAAGAAAUCUGGAAUACCAAACCCACCCUGGAGUGCCCCAUGCCAAUGCUGUGGGCCUUGAGACUCAAUACACAGAGUUGAUGGUCAUUAAGCAGUACACAAGGACCUAUAAUGAGACUCACCAUGAACUUGAGAAGACUGGGAGAACUCAUGCAGAAAUGGUGGAAGAGCGGGCAAAGGAGAAAUGUGAGAAAAUCUGGACUGAACAGUUGUUCAGAAAAAGUCCAGGCAGUAAAUCUGCACCUAACAUUGUGGUGGUUAGCGGAGUGGCUGGGAUUGGGAAAACUACCAUGGUACAGAAGAUCAUGUUUGACUGGGCCAGGGGCACUCAGAACAAGAGGUUUACAUUUGUGUUCCUGUUUAAGUUCCGGGAUCUCAAUCUCCUAGACGACCAGACAGAGCCUCAGAUGCAUCUGACUAGACUGAUUGUGAGAUACUAUAAAUAUCUCAAUGACCUGAAACUAAGGGAAAUCCUGCAGAAACCCAAACAUCUGCUCUUUAUACUAGAUGGGCUGGAUGAGUACAAGCAUAAACUGGACUUCACACACAAGAAACUCUGUUCAGACCCUGAACAAUUCUUCCCUGUCCACGUCCUUAUCACCAGCCUGAUCAGACGGACAUUACUGAAGGGCUGUUCAGUCCUGCUUACAAGCAGACCAACAGCCCUGGAGUCCCUGGAUAUGGGGACAGUUGACCGAUUUGCAGAGAUCUUAGGGUUCUUCCCCAAACAAAGGCUGAUGUACUUUAAGAAAUUCUUUGGUGAUGAAGAUCUGGGCUCGGAGGCUUUUCAGUAUGUGGAGGAGAAUGCCAUCCUCUACACCAUGUGCUUCAACCCCUCAUACUGCUGGAUCAUCUGCUCUGUGCUAAGGAAUUACUUCACUAUGAAUGAGGAAGACAGAAAAAAGGCCCCCAAAACUGUUACUGAACUCUUUGUCAUGUUUCUUUACAACAUCCUGACCAAUCAUAAGCGACAGGCAGAGGACCAGAGGGGGAUUCUGGUGAAUCUAGGAAAGAUGGCUUUUCAUGGGGUAGCCAACAGAAUUCUUGUGUUUUAUGACAAGUUUGAGAUGUUCUCCUUUGGACUCAAGUCAGUUGACUCUUCUCCAUUCCUCUCUGGGUUCCUAAAAGAAAUCCUGCAGGAAGAAAAUACUGAGGAAUGCAUAACAUACACAUUCUUUCACCUUACGUUGCAGGAGUUUAUGGCUGCCUGCUCCUUCUUCCUAGAUUCAUCAGAUGACAUAGAGAAGCUGCUUGAGAGGCUAGACUCCUGUACAGAUGGUCGUUUUGAGAUUUUCACUCGAUUCCUUGCAGGACUGGCACGAUAUUCUUUGACGAAACAACUGGAAGAAAUUCUUGGCUGGUUUCUUAGGAAGUCGUCAGUGAAGAUCCUGCAAUGGGUGAAGGAGAAAGCUGAACGAGCUCUGGGGAGCAGGGAUACAAGUGAAUUACUACGAGUGUGCCACUGGCUCUAUGAGACUCAAAAUGAAAAGUUAAUUCGUGAUGCCAUUGGAAAGGACCUAAAGCUGAGCCUUAGUAGCAUAAUAUUAUCACCUCUGGACUGUGCUGUGCUGGGCUCAGUUAUCAAAUGCUGUGGAGAACUUGAGGAGCUUCGGCUGUAUAAAAUAAAUCUGACCCACGAGAGUAUGAAAAGACUGGCACCAGGGCUCAGCUGCUGCCGCAAUGUCUUGAUGCAGGCAUGUGACGUGACACCUCCAUGUUGUGAGGCCCUCUCCUCUGUACUCUGUGAAGAAACUUCACAGGUGAUUCUGCUGCGCCUGGACAGUGACAAUAUUUGCAAUUCAGGAAUACACCUGCUGUGUGAUGGCAUGAGAAAACCAACCUGUAAAUUAAAACAACUGAGGUUGCUGUCAUGUGAACUCACCUCUGAAUCUUGUGAGGCCCUCUCCUUGGCUGUCUCUUCUGAACACUCGCUCCUAACUGAGCUGGACCUGACGGGCAAUAAACUGGGGGACUCAGGAGUGCGCCUACUGUGUAAGGGCCUGAGGAGCCCAAAGUGUAAGCUUGAGACCCUGGGGUAUCCUUUAGCCAGGUUUCCCUUCUACAUAGGGAUUCCUCAUAAUGCAGACAAUAUCAGGUUGGUGUCGUGCAGCCUCACCUCUGGAUCUUGUGAAGCUCUUUCCUCGGUUCUCUCUUCUGAACACUCCUGCCUGACUGACCUGCGACUAACUGGCAAUAAUCUGAAGGAUUUAGGAGUGCGUCUUCUGUGUGAGGGGCUGAGGAGCCCACUCUGCAAAUUACAGACCAUGUGGUUGGUGUCAUGUGGCCUCACAUCUGAAUCGUGCGAGGCUCUCUCCUCAAUCCUCUCUUCUGAACACUCACACCUAACUGAGCUGGACCUGACAGGCAACAUACUGGAAAACUCAGGAACGUGUCUGCUAUGUGAGGGCCUGAGAAGUCCAAACUGUAAACUGAAGAAGCUGGGGCUGGAGUCAUGUGGCCUUACCUCUGGAUCGUGCAAAGCCCUCUCCUCAGCUCUCUCUUCUGGACACUCACACCUAACUGAGCUGGAGCUGACAGGCAAUAAGCUUGAGGACUCCGGAGUACGCCUACUAUGUGAGGGCCUAAGGAGCCCAAAUUGUAAAUUAGAGAGACUGCGGCUGAAGCUGUGUGGACUCACUUCAGGAUGUUGUAUGGCUCUCUGGAUGGCUAUCUGUACAGAACACUGCCAGCUGACUGAGCUGAACCUGGAACACAAUAAACUAAAGGACUUGUUACUGCAUCCGCUGAGGGAGAUGCUCACAAAAGCCAGCUGUAAACUGAAGACCCUGAGUUUGAGCGCUAGUGGAAUCAGCAACAGUGGGAAGAGGAACUUGGAGUCACUCGAAGAGGAGCUCAGCCAGUUUGGAUUGCAGAUUGUAGUCAAUGCAUGGGAAUAG